AUGAUUAAAAUUAAUAAAACUAGAUCUUAUGAUAUUGAACAAUAUAAAAUAAAUGAUGAGGAUGAAUUUAAAGAAGAAUAAGAUAAUUAAGAUGAUGAUAAUGAUAAUAAUAAUCUAGAAGAAACAUAAGACUAAAAUUAAAAUCUAGAAAGUGAUUCUGUAGAUGACAAUGAUUUAACAUAAUACAAGCAAAUUUAAUUUAAGUAUAAAGGAAUACUCAAGAACAUAAAACAAAAAUAGAAAUAAUAAGAUUACAGAAUUAUUAAAAUAUUGAUGUUGAUAAUUAUUUAUUAAAUAUAAAAAUUAUAAUUUUAAUGA